AGCCAUAAUUAUACAAUUCAGUUUUUUUCAGUAUCAUCAGUUUUGUGUAAUUCAUGUGUAUGUCCUCAAGAUAAAAAGGUAGAAAAACUGUUAACAGUCGUAACUCUCAGCCAUGUGGAUACCCAUGACCCUGUUACGCAGAGACAUAGAAAGCGCUGUUGUCCGUACAAUUUUGAUGGUAAAAAAUGUAGAGUGGUAGGCGAUCGGUACAUAUGUGGCUAUAACAUGAACGUUAAUAAUCCAAAUAGUAAUGAGAUUAAGGAUUUGGGUAAUGGAUGUAAACUACGACAUGGAAGAUUAGAAUGUGGUUAUGAUCAGGCGCCAUACGUUAAUUUAAGAAGACCCCCUGCUGUAGAUUAUCAUAGUGGUAACAAUGAUAAUAAUGAUAAAAACGAUAAACAUGAUAACAAGGAUAAAAACCGUAAUGAAAGCGCAGAGGGUUUAGACGAAAAAGAAGAAAAUGUAGAGAAUGAUGAAAAGCUAAAAUUGCAUGUUACUAUCUCUUCAAAUCAUUUUACCCGAUGUCUUGAAGUAAAAGAUCGUAUUGUAUGUCGGCAUGUAUAAAGUUGUGAUGAAAUGUUA